GUGUAGAGGAGACGGCCUACCAGAAUUACUGGUCCCGUUCGUUUACUAUAUAUUAUAAUGUCGGCACAGUCGCGACUCGCUGGGAAUGUAAAAGCAGACUGCAACGCACGCAGUCCUAUCUCAACCAGGCGAAAACUGAAACCAGUAAACCGAGUACCCAGCGGCCUCCUUUGCAGUGCUUGUGGAGCCCUCUUGGAAGAACCGAUCCAGUCCGCAUGCGGAGAACGAUUCUGCGAGGAGUGCUUCAAGGCAAUUGUCAAAGGUGGCAGCAGUCCGACCUGUCCAUGCUGUGGCCAAUGUAUCGACGUCAAAGGGUCGUGGCCAGACGUGUUUGCCGCCAAGGAACUAAACCAGCUCAUUUUCUACUGCCACAAUCACGAGUCCGGCUGCACCUACAAUGGCAGAAAGUCUGAUCUUGAGACUCAUACCCCGAAUUGUCAGCACAGACUCGAAAAAUGCGACAAUGAAGGUUGUAGCGAAUACGUUCCGCUUGCUGGUAAGGCACAUCACGAAUCGGUCUGUGAUUACCGUCAAGAGAUCUGCCCUCAUUGCCAUCAACCGAUUGUAGUCCACUCCCUACAUUUGCAUCGCGAGAAUUGCACGCAUUUUCCCGUUCCCUGUCCUAAUGGUUGCAUGAAUGAUAAGGAUACUAUGCUAAGGAAGGACCUUCCUGAUCAUUUGGAAAGGUGUCCACGGAAGAAGGAUGCUUGUUCCGUAAUAGGCUGUACAUAUAAGGCGUCUAGAGAAGAAAUGGUACCUCAUAUGGAAUUAGGACAUAGCAGGCAUAUUAGCUUGAUCAAUAGUGAAGUAAUUUCUAUGAAAGAAGACAUAACCAGGAUGGAAACAAAGUUGGACAGUCAAUUGAAUGAACAACAACAGGCACAGCAAGCUUGCAAGGAUCGAAUCCAUUCAAUAUCUCAGCAGACAAACCAGUUGGAAGUUGGUUUAAAUGAAGCUGCUACACAACAGAAAUUGAUGCAGCAGAAGACAUUAGAAGCAUGUUACCAAUCUGUCGAUAAUUUACAGAAAGACAUGAAGGAACAAUUACAAUCGUUUGAGCAUCAUAUGCGAGGUCUGAUGGAAAAGUGUAUGAAAUUUGAAGAAAUAAUAAUUACACAGUCUACCAGAAUUCAACAACUAGAAGAAGAUAUCGCGAAGAAUAAAAAAUCUAGUGGCAUGACGGAAGCAUCUCAGCAACAAUUUCAAUCCCAAGAUCGUAUUCUUGCUUCCCACGACAUCAAGUUAGCCGAGCAUAGUCUGCGGUUAGAUAUGAUGGAUUGCAAGAAUACCGAUGGCGUGUUGUUAUGGAAGAUUACCGAAAUCAGACGACGCAGAAGAGAAGCAGUGAAUGGCAAAACACCAUCUAUAUACUCACAGCCAUUCUAUACGUCGCCAAAUGGCUACAAGAUGUGUGCAAGGCUGUACUUGAAUGGAGAUGGGAUGGGUCGUGGAUCUCAUUUGUCUUUAUUCUUUGUCAUUAUGCGUGGCGAAUAUGACUCGUUGCUUCCAUGGCCUUUCCAGCAGAAGGUGACUCUGAUAUUGAUAGAUCAAGGCGGACGACAUCAUAUCUCUGAUACCUUCAGGCCUGAUCCAUCUUCGUCUUCAUUCAAGCGGCCAAGGAGUGAGAUGAACAUUGCCAGUGGAUGUCCAUUGUUCGUCUCACUUUCUACUCUGGAUGGGGGAGGAUACAUCACCGAUGAUACAUUGUUCAUCAAAAUGGUAGUUGACUCUACUGAACUGUAUCGUCCUGAUGCACGAUAAUAGUCGGCUUGUGCACUAGUCCACAUGGGAUCGUUCUCAGCCGAGGAUCGGUCGGUUGCCAAUAUGAGCUCAUGAUCCUUCCAUCCUUUGGAACACCAACUGACCAUGGCUUACUAAUGCGGCACUUAGUGGACUGGAUGACACAAGGCCCCCUAAGCACUUCAAACCUAACACCUGGAAAGUAAGCUGCUCCUCCUAAACUGACAUUACAUUGUAUAGGACUUUUUUAUAUAUUUAUAUGGUAUAUAUCAUACACAGUACUUGUGUUCUAGCUGUAAAGUUGCUUUUGGUACUGCUUUGCCAACUGGUAUGCCUUGCCUAUCUAAAAAAAUCUAAGGAAGUUACCAAGCAAUUAUGACGGUUUAUUUGACUCAAGUACGGCAAUUGUUUCCUAAUCUACCACCAUCUUAUCUGCCACGUAGGUGGUCCACCUGUGAUUUGGGAAGGCAUGCGGACUCUCCCCCAAUCAGGAUGGGAUAG